CUCGCUUGUAUGUGAAAGUACAUUCUAUGCUCUUGAAUUAAAGCUCAAGAUAUCUGCUUGUGUUUCGUUGAGGUUAUGUGGAGAGAGUCUGAGACUGUUGUGUCUCUACAUCAGCCUGGCAACUCACAGAGCUCAGAGGGAGAAAACAUCCCAGGGCGCUCUUCUGGCAGCCCGACAAUCCUGGGAGGCAUGGUGAGCCAAGAAACGUCAAAGUGAUGUGUGACGUGCACUUGACUUUAUUCUGUUCAGGCCACAGGUUGCUAGUCCAUGCAGGGCAGAGCAAGUCACACUGUGGCUUCGUGAUAGAGGAGAAGAAGAAGAAAAGGAGAACUUUAAGAUACUGCAGCAGGUAUUGAGAAUUUAACUUUCGAUCUUUAGAUUUGCUCAGCUUUAAAAUAUAUUGUGUUGUGUUAGAAGACAGAGCUGCAGCUGCUGGUGCUGACUCAGGAGCAGGAGAGAAGACACCUGAUCAUGUUGUUGCAUCAGAUCUCAGUGGAGAAUUUGCAAGAGUCAGACACCAAGCAAGCUCCGUUGAAGGCUGGCUGUAUAAAGAGGUUAAGGCAAAUCCAUCAUCAGCUUCAGACACAAAGUGGGGCUCAGAAUCCUUCAAUAACAACAACCUUUCAGAACAAAACACUGGAAACGUCGUCACAAAUUCUGGAAGACUGUGCCAUGUUCCUUGUGACCGAUCUAACAGAGCUCCAGGAAGUCCAAGCUUUUAAUUUACUCCAAGCACUCCAGGGCCAAAAUGCAUGGGAUGUCCCGGCUCUGAGAGAUAAAUAUGAAGCUGAGACAAAAACACAGCAGUUCACCAACCUGCUCCACCUCCUGAUGUCUGAUGAUCCCUCAACUUCAGGGUCAAAGUUGACUGAGAACACCAGCACUGAUCAAACAGGACCUGUAUCCUCUCACAAUGAAGAGAUUGCUGGUGAAUCAGUUGCAGCGCCAGUCAGAAGUGAACCGAAGGAAGUCCACUCUGCAAAUGUUUCUGCCAAGCAGGAAGUCUGUGCAGGUUGUGGAAUGGUCAUGGAAGACCUUCCCUAUUUGGAGAUCUCGUGUGCACCAGAAACACAGGGUGAUGCACCCGAGGGUCUUUCUGCAGCAGAUGAAGAAGGGCAGAAUGGUGUAACAAAUGGCCAUGAGAACUCUGAGAAACAGAGAUCUCUGAUCACUUUUGCUUGGAGCAAACCAACUGAGGGAGACGUGGGCUACGAAGAGAAGGUUGCAGAUGAGGAAACCAAACUGAGCCAAGAUGGACAGAGUAGUAUGAAGACCCAACUCCUGUCCACACGAUGUGAAAAGACAGUUCUGGAGAUAAAUGAGGAGGAGGUGAAUCCUACUGACUGCAGAGCUGCAAUAGUCAGGUGUCCACCUUAAAUCACAGCCAUGAUCUUUUUCUUCUAUCAGCAGAACCAGAAAAAGGAACCGGAUCAACCAGAGGAGAGAGACGCUGGAUCUGACCCACAAACAGAGAAACUGCAGGUUUUUUCACCUCACAUCUCAGGAAACUCCUAUGAGAAUACAGAUGGCUUCUGCUCUGAAACAUCUGAUCGCAGAGCUAGCGCUACCAGAGAAGUGUCAGAGGUGGAAGCGUGUCCCUCUGAGUCCAAGCAGUGGGACCUCAGAGGACUGCAACACUCAGAUCAUGAAGACCUGACAUCUUCUCAGGAAUCAACA